AUGUAACGAGAUCAAAUUAAUUUCUCUUAUUUAAAGAGAUUGUUUCCAACUUUGGAACAGAUCUUGUAUACUGGCAAAUUCACUAGUUUGAAUGAGUUUGACAAGUGUACUUAGUUGUGGCAUCAGGCUGGAUUUCAAGGACCCUUCUUCUUAAUAAAAUUAAGUGAUCAAUUUGUAUUCAUUAUUCUAAAUCAAAACUCAACGUAAGAUUUCAUAAGGACGAUAAAAAAGGGCUUCACAUUUGAAUUGAGCAAAGGCACACAAUGGUUUUAUUUUAAUUUUUAAGAUGAAUAAUCAAAGGUAUUCAAUGUGUGGUUCUAGGAAUUUGCAUGGAGAAGAUAGUAAAAUGAAAUUCAUGAUUUGUAUUUUAUUCUCUUACUAAUCUAUUUUAAAUAAAUUAUUCAUAUGCAGGUUGAAACAUCUGAACAAUAAUUUGAGGAAAUAUACUAAAGUUUAUGCAAAGACGACAGAUUUUGUUUGGAUCUUCGAGUUUAAUUUGAAAAGAUUCUGAAGGUGGAGAUGGAUCGAUGUCAGGCUUAUCAUUAAUUGUCUGAAUUUUUGAGUGGCCUUGCUAAAGAACCAUUUUAAGACACACCAGCCUUGAUGGACAUGCUUGAUGAACUAAAAUCAGCUAUCUAAGAAGUUAACUCAAAGAUUAAAGAAAGGAUAAAUGAGGAUUAGGACAAAGGCAUCGCUAAAUUGAUAAGGACCAAGAUAAUCCCAAGUUUAACCGACGGUUAAAGGGCAGUAGAAACUCAAAAGAGGGCUCUGACUGAAUAUAAGGAGAAGGCAGCUAUCUAUAAAAAAUUAGAAUAGAAGAAAAAUGACCUGUUGUAAAAGAAUGACGAAAAAUUGUUGUAAUUAGAAAAGUAGCUCUAGGAAGCCAAGAGGGAGAAACUAGAGAAGGGUUAGACCUUCAACUUCACAUACAAGAAUUAUAUCGAAGAUAAAAACGAUGAGUUAAAGGGUCUUUUCAAACACUUCUUUAAUAGAUUAUUGGUGAUCUCAUCAGCUGGUUUGUAACACUACGCGAUGGCCAUUCAUAAAAUACAUACUACCGAUGAAAAGUAAUAAGUUUACACAAGAUUGAGUAAAUUAGGUAUUAUAAAGCACAAAAAAUAAUGA